CCGGAUACCUUCCUCGUCGUCGUCAACGUCGUCAAAGUCGCCAGUGCGGUGAACUCCAGCACCUCCAGCAGCAGCCUGCUCGCUGCCUGUCAGCCCCCGCACAUUGCGCAUACACUCACUUCCGCCCAGCAUAAACGCACCCAUACACCGCAGGAACCCCCUCAACGACUAAUUCACGACAGUGCAGACGGCGAUGACCGAGCUACACGAGAUUACUUUCCGGUGGCCCUACACCGACGCCCACAACGUAAUCGUCACGGGCUCCUUCGACGGGUGGUCGAGCUCGACGCACCUCUCUAAAACGCCCGCGGGCUUCGAGGGCACCGCGCGCGUGCCGUGGGGCACGAAGGUCGUGUACAAGUACAUCGUCGACGGCCGCUGGACCACCGCGGACGGCCAGCCCACCGAGGUCGACCCCAUCGGCAACCUCAACAACGUCUACUCCGCCCCACCCGCCCCAGAGCCGAAAGCAGAGGAAGCGGCGAGCGCAGGCGUGGUGGACACGGUGAAAAACGCGGUCGCGGGGCUCUCGCAGACCGCCGCGGCGAUGGUCGAGGCGAUGGCGCCUUCCGUCGAGAGUCCGUCGCCCGCCGCAGACUCCACACCCGCUGUGAAACCCACAUCGUUGUCUUCCCCGCCCGCAGACCCGCAGCCCGCGCCAUCACAGGUAGAGCCGACACCAACAAGCGAGCCCGUCGCACCAGGGGUUGUCUCACCGCCCUCCGAGCCCGCCGCGCCGGAGCUCGCACCGGAGGCCCCUGUGCACAUCCUCCCGCUCGAACCCGCGCCCCCUGCAUCAACGAUCGUUGAGGGCACUUCGGUUGACCCAGUCCCAGCUACGAACGGAGUGAAUGGCACGAGCAAGGCGUACGGCGGGAUAGACGGGGAGAACGCGCCGUCGACGCACGAGGUCGCGGGGGAGUCGCUCGUGGGCGAGGCGAAGCGCGAGCAGGCGAUGGAGGGCGAGCCCGCAGUGGUCGUCCCCGAGAGCGCCGAGAAGCCCGCCACGAACGGCACACCUGCACUGGAAGAGGCGAAGCCCGCCGUGAACGGUUCCUCCGAAGAAGCGAAGCCCACCACCAACGGCACCUCAGAAGCGAAGCGCGCCCCCAACGGCACCCCCGCGCCCGCCUCCCCGUCCCCACCGACCACACCCAAAGAAAAGUCCAGCCGGAUGCGCUUCCCCUCGCUCUCCGCGCGGCACAGCCGGCGUUCGAGCUCGAGCGCGCACGCGUCCCUCACCGACCUCGGCGACUCCCCCACGUCGAGCCCCGUGAGCAGCCCGAGCAAGGAGAAGCUGGAGACGCACGCGAGUCGCGCGGGCGCGGGCGAGACCGUCAGGAGGAAGCGGACGAGCAUAUUCGGGAAGCUGAAGGGGAUAUUCGACUCGCCCGGGCACGCGAACGGGCAUGGCAAGCCAGCGACGAAUGGCGCGUGAGCGUGCCUGUUGUGGAACGAGCGGACGGGGAGUGGUGGAAGUGGAUAGACGGCCGGGCGUAGGCUCGGCGUUACGACUCGUCAUGCCUGUAGUUAGUUCUCUGUGUCUCGGUUCUGCGUCUGCGUUUGUUCUCUCGAGUCCCGUCUCUGGUUUGGAUUACCCCUCUUGCUAGUCAGUUCUCUCGUAGAUAGUACAUAUUAACUCGGUAUGUUGGCAUUCGCCUUCAGCUGG